GCACCAUCGAGGCGUGUCUGAGCCACCUGUUGAAACGGCGAGCGGCGGGCUUCCUGCGUAGCGACAAGAUCGGCGCCCUUUUCACCAAGAUCGGCAAGGUCAACGCCACGGCCGGAGAGGUGUGCCGGAAGGUCCAGGAGCAGCUCACACAGCAGGCAGAGGUCAUCAGAACCCAGAGGACCCAGCGUGUGGGUCAGGAGCCCCUGAAGAGGCAGGGGUCGUCGUCUGCAGGUCGCGCCCCCCAGCCCCUCUCCGCUCAGGCCAUCAAGCACAUCUGGGUACGCACCGCCCUCUUCGAGAAGGUCCUGGACAAGGUCGUACAGUACCUCGUGGAUAACUCCAGUAAGUACUAUGAGAGGGAGGCUCUGAUGCAUGACUCAGUGUUUGGACCCAUCCUGGCAUGUCUACUGGUGGGUCCCUGUGCUCUGGAGUACACUAAGCUGAAGACGUCCGACCACUUCUGGACGGACCCGUCGGCCAACGAGUUGGUCCAGCGCCACCGGAUCCACGGGGCCCACCGGGGCCAGGACGCUUCACCCAGCAGGAGGCCCGCUCUGGGGAUCCAGAAGAGACAGUCCAGCGUCAGCAUGUCCGAGGAUAAGUUUGCGGCGUCUGCAUCGGAAUACGUGGAAUCUCUUCACCAGAACUCCCGUACUCACCUGCUCUACGGCAAAAACAACGUCCUGGUCCAACCG